AUGGACCAAAUCACCCCGGUCCCGGGCCGGGUCUCUCCCCAUGAGCAACUCGCUGCUGAUGCUGGUGGUGCGCCCAACAAUGCUGACCCGGCCGCCGCCGCGCCUUCGUUUGACGACAUCUCCCGCGACAUUCUCGACACCGAGUCCUCCGCCCCCGACGCCGACGGCAGCAGCGGGCCCUUUGCCUUUUCCACGACGCAGCUCUACAAGCUCCUGACGUACCGCAGCCUCGCCGCCCUCGACGUCUUUGGCGGGCUGUACGGGCUCGCCGGCGGCCUGCGCGCCAACAUUGCGACCGGCCUCAGCGCCGACGAGACCACCCUCCCCGGCCGCAUCACGUUUGACGAGGCCGUCGCCGCUGCCAGGGACCAGCGCGACCCCGUCAUCGAAAACACGCGCCCGCCCCGGUCCACGCCCACCGGCCUGACGCUCCGACUCGGCGACGAGCCCGACACCCAGUUCCUCGACCGCCGCCGCGUCUACGGCGCCAACCGCCUGCCCCGACGACCGCAAAAGUCCUUUCUCCGCCUCAUGUGGAUCGCCUUCAACGACAAGCUGCUCAUCCUGCUGACCAUUUCCGCCUGCAUCUCGCUCGCCAUUGGCAUCUACCAGUCGGUCGACGCCAAGAGCAAGAAUGCCAACAUUGAGUGGGUGGACGGCGUGACCGUCGUCAUUGCCAUUCUCGUCAUCAUCUUUGCCAGCGCCGCCACCGACUGGCAAAAGAACUACAAGUUUGAGAAGCUCAACGAGCGCAAGUCGCAGCGCGAUGUGGCCGUCAUGCGCUGCGGUAGGAUCCAGCACGUUUCCGUAUACGACGUCAUGGUUGGCGAUGUCAUGCACAUUGAGGCCGGCGAGGUCCUGGCCGCCGACGGAAUCCUCAUUCGCGCCGCAGGCCUGCACGUGGAUGAGUCCUCCGUCUCGGGCGAGGCCGGCCUCGUGCACAAGACGCUGGCCAACGAUCACGAUCCCACCCACACCACCCUCGCCGACCCUUUCCUCUUUAGCGGCACGACCAUCUGCCGCGGCGUCGGCCAAUACCUCGUCACAGCCGUCGGCGCCAACUCGACCUACGGAAGAACCCUCAUUUCGCUGCGCGAAGACGUGGAAGAGACUCCUCUGCAAGCCAAGCUCGGCCGGCUGGGAAAGCAGCUCAUCCUGUUUGGUGCCGGCGCUGGCACCGUCUUUUUCCUCAUCCUCUUCGUUCGCUUCAUGAUCAACCUGGACGACCUCAAAGGCAUCGGCCCGUCCGAAAAGGCCGAGAGAUUCUUUGGCAUCCUGAUUCUCGCCAUUACCGUCGUCAUCAUCACCGUGCCCGAAGGUCUCGCCCUCAACGUCACGAUUGCCCUCGCUUUUGCUACUAAGCGCAUGCUCAAGGAUAAUAAUCUUGUUCGCCUCAUUCGAUCCUGCGAAAUUAUGGGCAACGCUACCACCGUUUGCUCCGACAAGACCGGCACAUUGACGCAGAACAAAAUGACAGUGGUCGCUGGCCGCAUCGGUCUCGACUGCACCUUUGACGAUACCGAGACGGUCGACUUAGCCAACAGUAAUGGUGCCCCCGCCACGGUUGUCGUCAGGGGCGAAACUUCUAGCUACGCAACCUCGCACCUAUCAGCAGAGCUGCGCGAUCUUUUAAAGGACAGUAUCGCUUUGAACUCGACCGCUUUUGAGACGCAUGAUAGCUCCAAGCCCAGCUACGUUGGAUCCAGCACCGAAACGGCGCUACUGAAGUUCUCUCGCGAUCAUUUAGGAUUGGGCCCGCUACGUGAAGACCGUGCUAACUCGCCUGUGCUGACCAUGUUUCCCUUUGACUCGACCAGGAAGUGGAUGGCUGUUCUCAUCAAGUUACCCAAUGGACGAUAUCGAUUGCUGAUCAAAGGCGCUGCUGAAGUCGUCUUUGAGUACUGUGCUUAUACAAUUUCUGACGCUGAAUUUCGCAUUACCACCGACCGCCUGAGCGAGGAGAACCGCACCAGCAUCCGUGACUCUAUCCAGGAGUAUGCCGGACAGAUGCUGCGACCUGUUGGGCUUGCCUUUCGUGACUUUGAGGCGUCAGAGGUGUUUGAAAAUCCAGACGAUGAUCCGGCCGCGGUCAACCUGGAAUGGUUUGCCUCGGGCCUGAUCCAUCUUGGCGUAUUUGGCAUCAGAGAUCCGCUCCGGCCAGAAGUUGUCGACUCUGUCAAGAAAUGCCAAGACGCUGGUGUCUUUGUUCGCAUGAUUACCGGUGACAACUUUACGACGGCUAAAGCUGUCGCGACGGAAUGCGGCAUCUACACAUCUGGUGGAAUCGCCAUGGACGGACCGACAUUUCGAAGACUAUCCCCUGAACAGCUCGACAGCGUGAUCCCCCGACUUCAGGUUCUCGCACGAUCUAGCCCCGAGGAUAAGCUACUGCUCGUAUCGCGCUUGCGUGGUAUGAAUGAAACCGUCGCAGUUACUGGAGACGGUACCAACGACGCCCUAGCAUUAAAGGCGGCUGAUGUAGGCUUCGCAAUGGGUAUACAGGGCACCGAGGUCGCAAAGGAGGCAGCCUCCAUUAUUCUGCUCGACGACAACUUUGCCUCCAUUGUCAAGGCCCUGAGCUGGGGACGUACCGUCAACGACGCUGUCAAGAAGUUUUGCCAGUUUCAGUUCACAAUCAACAUCACUGCUGGCAUCAUCACAGUCGUAUCGGAGCUAGUUGGAGACUCCAUCUUUUCCGUCGUCCAGCUCCUCUGGAUCAACCUCAUCAUGGACAUUUUCGCAUCUCUCGGCCUAGCCACUGACCACCCCUCACCUGACUUCUUGAAGCGAAAGCCCGAGCCACGCAACGCCCCGAUUGUCACCAUUACCAUGUGGAAAAUGAUUCUCGGCCAGUCCAUCUACCAGCUCCUUAUCGUCUUCUUGGUACAUUACAUUGGAUGGGAUUUGUUCAACCCCGGCACAAAGAACGAGGUUGAGAAACUGCAGACCCUAGUCUUCAAUAUUUACGUCUGGAUGCAAUUUUUUAACCAGCACAACUGCCGACGCGUCGACAAUAAGCUCGACAUCUGGUACCAAGGCGUCCUGCGCAACCCUUGGUUCAUUGGCGUCCAAUGCCUCACCUUGGCCGGCCAGUUCAUCAUCAUCUUUAAAGGCGGCGAAGCCUUUGACACGGCACCCCUUACCGGGGCGCAAUGGGGCUGGAGCAUGCUCUUUGGCAUUCUCACCAUUCCGCUCGGUGCCCUGAUCCGUCAGGUGCCUGACCGAUGGGUGUUGCAAUUCUUCCUGGCCAUCAAGGCAAUAUUUCUCAAGGUUACCGGCCCCGUCCGCCGCCGCCUGCCACGCCUGCACAGGAAGAAACAGCAAGCCGAGGCGGAGCAAGCAAAGUUCCACCCCGCGCCCCUCAACGCGGUGGAGGAGAUGGUGUCUCGCCACGGCCGCCAACUUCUGCAGCAGCUCAAGGGCGAGGGCAAGGACCUCGAGAUGACGGCCGAGCAGCGCCACGCACUCGACGUGGCGGCGCAGCGCGCCCGCGACGACGCCGACGCCGCCGCCGAGCAGGACAAGCCCGAGCGCGAGGUCGACCUGCUCGGCCUGAUUGAAGCCGCCAAGGUCGGCCGCAUGGUCGACCGCGACGUGCUCGAGAUUCACCCCCGCACGCCCAAGGAGGACCCCAUCCUCAACACCUGGAUCAACCUGCGCGUGCCCCCCAGCCAGGACGAGAAUCUCCUGCGCUAUAUGAAUGCCGGCAAGGAGGAGGACACGACGCGCCGCCCCCGCAACAGGGUCCCCGCGCGAUACACGUGGGUCGAGCCGACGAGGCCGCAGCUGACGCACACUCGACCGAGAGCGCGCAAUGGCUUCACGUGGGAGUCGUUUCUCCGCUCCAAGCGAAGAUAG